CGUGCACAGCUCCCGUUUAUAACAUUCUUAUAAACGUACGACGAUUCGAUUACAUAUCCGGUAUGAUAUUUCACCAGUUCUUGUCCUCCGGAGCGAGAACCCUUACAGGAUCCAUUGUGUGAAAUACCGACGUUUUAAAAUGCCGAAGAUAUUGCGUUAGCGUAACAAUGGUUCAUUACACCUUGACACACGCGUCACCAGGGAGAUGUGAGUUUGAUAUCGCCAGCCCAGCGUCUGCUUACCGCGAUCGUACGGGUCACCUGUCAAUUUGGGGAGUCAGUAAAAUCCUUCAGGACGCAGGCACAAUAUGCGGCCUUCAUGAUUUUAUACCGUUAUCACAGAAUUUGGUCAGAGACAAUAUUCGGCUCUUUCUCAUCAGCGAAAAAUGUGUGAUGUCUCCAACAUUUCAUACUAAGUUCUCAUGGGCUGAGAAACUACAAAAAUAUCACGUGACUUACACCGUGUCGUCUGUAACACCUGCCACCCUAGGUAACAGACAGGUAUUGUCUGACCCAGACACGGGAAGCUGGUAUUUGAAAUCAGAAAACAAACUUGUUGCUGUAAAUUGGGAGACUCGGCGGUCUGUAAAGUUACCGAAAUCGUAUUAUGAGAGUUCAAGUAAGCUUGUUGACCAUGAACAAGCGUCAAUGAUGACCAGAAAACAAGAUGCUCUCAUCCCUCCUGUUACAUCUUUCAGAACAACUACCCAAACGCGUUACAGUGACCUAGAUUUUAACUACCACCUGAACGCCGCGGAGUACUACCGGUUCUGUUCCGAUGCUGCAUCCGAAGCUUCUCUCUCCGGAUACUACCGGCAUUUUACGUCCGACAUCGUCAAAUACCCACUGAUGCAGACUGAAGUGACGUUCCUGGGCGAGUGUGGACCAGGAGAAAAACUCACCGUCUAUACUUGGCAGGACGAAAACGACGUUACCAAGUUGUACUUUGCAAUUUAUUUGAAGGAGGUCAGAAUAUUCCAGGCUUGUUUUAUUUUCGAUCGUAAUUUGUCAAAGAAUAGAGUCAUGGCAAGUCUAUGAAAACUGGUCCAGAUAUUUAAAUUUCAAUCAGUUUCUUACAGCAUGUUACAUGUAGAAUAAAAUGCUCAGUUUUGUUCCGAUGCUUUGUAUUUCUGGUGAUUAAACCUUGAUGCGUGUGACUGCACGUAGGCUGAAACAUAUGCCAUACUGGCUCUGUCUGCUGAAAGACAGAAAGUUCCAACAAGAUGAAUGUAAAUAUUUUGCAACCAGUAUUCAUGAAAUUAAAGCUUUUUUCAAUUUUGCAUUAGGCUAAUAAUUGAAAAGUAAUAUUUUCAGAGUGCAAAUAUAGUAAUGAACAAAUAGGAUUUUUUAAAAUGAAAAUAAGCUUAUAGUAGCAUGGUAUAUGUAUUAAACA